UCUUUUUACAUGAGGAAAUUGGAUCAAUUAUAGGUUAAGCUCAUUAUUUUAACUAACACAAAGAAGAAGUCCUAUAAACAGAACUUGGCAAACUGCUGAACGUUAGUUGAUUUCUCUUUAUUUUUUAAUCUGUUUACAAGUUGAAGAAAAUGAUCCAUUUGAGGAAGUCCAGUGUGAGUAAAUAGAAACUCUCCUUUUCUUUUCUUUCAAUAUUUAAAGGCACACAUAUGAGUACAAAUAUUAACAUUUUAUUAUUUUAAUUCACCUGGUUUUAUAUCAUUAUCAAAGUCAGGAUGGAGACACUGUUCUCCUGUUCUACUGCAACACACUUGUUCAUAAUCACAUAAAUAUAAAUCUGAACUUUUAUCCUCCUUUGAUGAUCAUCAGCUGCUGAACUUUAGUCAUCUUACCUCUGGAGUGACAGGAGAAUGAGCUGCUGUUUUGAAUCAAUAAUAUUAUUUUAACUAUCAUACAAGUCAUAAAUGCAUUUGUACCAUGAUUUUUAUGUUUAGUUUCAAGACUGAGAUACUUGAUCAGAACAUAAUGACACACGGCCCACUAACACCUUCAACUCGUCCUUUUACCUUCUCAAACCUGUCAUUCGUUCAUGGUGCAGAUGUAAAGUUGUGGUAUUGGUACUUAAACAUUUAGCUAGCUAAGUCUUAAAUCAUUCUUCCUCUCUGGUGUUCAGCCUUAAUGUAAAUGUAAAUGCAGCAGUUGGAGUGAAAAUCCAGCAGAGGGCGCUCUGAGCCAGGGCAGCAGUGUCGCUGCUGCUGUGCUUUAUUUAAACCAUUAAACUCAUGCCUGUGUUUGAUUAACGAUUAUUCAGGUCAUCAGAGCUGUUGCAGUGGUUCACUCUGAAAUGACGGUUCACAUCAGCAGUAACGACACCUGGUUACAACAAUCGCUAAAAAUUAAUAUUGAAUCGUGUGUAAUUUUGCCAAAACAAUGUUGGAUUUGGUUGGUUUUCCUGGUCCCCUUCCCAGAGUGACAUGGUCUCCUUGCUGGCUGUCUAAGUGGUGUCCAGAAAACUGUGUGGGCUUUAUAGAUAAUUAGCAAACUUUCUGGAGGAAACCUGGUCUUGUUAGGAGAGACAGUAUCUGUCCCACUUUGGGUGCAGCAGUUCGUAUUUAUUAAACCCCCCAAAAUGUGACUAUCCAGAGUUGGGACCAGGAAGCAGAGUUGCAGUUUUACAUGCCUCACUGCAGCUUGUCUCCUCCUGUUAUCCACUCAUCCCCUUAGAGACUAUGUAUGCUCAAAAAAGAAAAAGAAAAAAAACAAAAAUCAUCAAUAAAUGAUUUAAACAUAAAAAUCUCAAAAAAAACAAUAUAUUUGCACCAAAGACUAAAACAGUAAACAUUAGGUCUCCCUCUUCUAAGUGUCUGUUAGUACAUGAAUUAAUAAGUAAUUAACAAAGUGAUUUACUCUGCCUGACAGAAACCUGGGUACAGCAGGAUAAUUAUGUUAGCUUAAAUGAAUCAGUACCCCUGAGUCAUACUAAUUCUCAGAAUCCUCGAAGUGCAGGCCGAGGAGGGGGUGUGGCAGCAAUCUUCCACUCUAACAUAUUAAUCAACCACGAGACCCAGACAGAGUUUAAAUUUAUUUGAAAGCCUGACACCCAGCCUUGACCACCCUAUCUAGAAAACUCAAAAGUCUGAUUUCUUAUAUGGAACCAGCUUCCAGUUUGAAGUCAGGAGACAGACACUAUCUCUACUUUUAAGAUUAGGCUUAAAACUUUCCUUUUUGAUAAAGCAUAUAGUUACGGCUGGACCAGGUGACCCUGAAUCCCUUAAUUACGCUGUAAUAGGUCUAUGCUGCUGGGGGAUUCCCAUGAUGUGUGAAAGGUUUCUUCUUCAGUCACCUUUUAGUUAUUAUAAAUCUCUGGCUCUCUUCCUCAGCAUGUCUUUGUCCAGUCUUCCUCCCCUCACCCUCAACUGGUCACGGCACAUGACCGCACCACCCUCAGCCUGGUUCUGCUGGAGGUUUCUUCCUGUUGAAAGGGAGUUUUUCCAUCCCCUUGUUGCCAAAACACUUGCUCAUAGGGGGUCAUAUGAUUGUUGGGGUUUUCCCUGUUUUCUUUGUUUUAUUGUAGGGUCUUUAUAUUACGACAUAAAGCACGCUGAGGCAACGUUUGUUGUGAUUUGGCGCUGUAUAUUUGAAACUGAAUUGAAAAGUAAUAUUUUCUAGUGUUUGUUUGCUUUUCUAAGUUGGAAAAAGGGACACAGUUCAAAUCACGUUUUUAUGUAUGUAAGAGGAAACUGAAUAGUGUAACAUUCCUGAUGCACACCAAUACAGCCCAUAACACAAAUAUAAAAACACAUUACACAAUAUAACCUGUUCCCGUACAAUUACAGUGUAUUUACAACAUAAGAUGGAGAAUUUCUGUUUGUUUGUUGUUGUUGUUGUUGUUUCCACUGAAACUUAAAAUUAAUUAAUAAAUUAUUUAAACACUACUUAAAAAUUACUCAGGCCCUACAUAAAAUGACUAAUAGUAUCAUUUCUGUUUGCUUUCCUGUAAAAUACUCAGAAGUUACGUACAACUUCAAAUUGCUUAUUCACUCCUUCUAAUGGACAGAACACAGAGAGUCAGGAUUAUACAGUUUAAGUAAUUAUUAGCCCCUAUUUUCAGUGUAUAAACCACUAAGUUUUUCUAGGUACAAACAAGUACAUUGUAGUUUCAAGUAAAAUACAUGGAAAUUCCACUUGAUUCUAGGGAAAUUAAACCCUUUGUCAUUGAGCGUAUUAUAAAGUGUUCCCUUACCCACCACCUGUCAGAGGUGGAGCAACACCUGAAAGACGAGGGCUUCAGUGUCAGAGGCGAGACCUGAAAGUUAAAGCGAGAGCUGCACCUCAGCAAAUCUGUUUCUCCUCAAAGGAACCUUAAACUAAGCUCAUCCAGCCUUUUUCAACAGCACAGCAGAGCUUCUGUCCAGCACUGGUGAGUACAGAUAUCAUGAUCACGCUGUUUAAAACUUAAACUCUCUCUGUGUCAGGAAAUAUGACUGCAACGCUGCUGAAGAUGGUGUUUUCACAUUUUUCUAAAUGAUGAAAUAAGAGUUGAUUUAAUAGCAGCACUGAUCAGAUUACAUUUGUUGGACAGAGAAAAGACGUUUAGAGUUAAAAUCUCUAAUUUCAGGGUCUGAUAAGCUCCCCACUUUGUGCCUGACACCCCUGCAGGGAGAUUCAACUGAGUCUAUCAGAUUUUCCUCAACAACACAGCAGAGUCUCUACAAACAGCAAGUGCAGACAUGUCUGCUGCCAGCUGUCUUCUAUCUGAAGAUCAGUUUCUGUGCUCCAUCUGUCUGGAUGUCUUCACUGAUCCAGUCUCCACACCAUGUGGACACAACUUCUGCAAAAACUGCAUCAGUCAUCACUGGGAUAUCAGUGACAGGUGUCAGUGUCCCAUGUGUAAAAAGGUGUUUGAGACCAGACCUGAACCGCAUAUCAAGACUUUAAUGUCUGAGAUGGUUUCUCAGUUCAGACAUGAAGCUCAGCAUAAAGUCAACAGCAGCAGCUCAGAGCAACAAGCUGCCAAACCAGGAGAAGUUCCCUGUGACAUCUGCACUGGAACCAAACUGAAGGCCCUGAAGUCCUGCCUGGUGUGUCUGGCCUCCUACUGUCAGACUCACCUGCAGCCUCAUCUGACAGCUUCACGUCUGAAAAGACAUCAGCUGAUCGAUCCUGAGGAGAACCUGGAAAGCAGGAUGUGUAUGAAGCACAAUAAACCUCUGGAGCUGUUCUGUAAGACCGAUCAGACAUGUGUCUGCGUGCUCUGCUCUGUCAUAGACCACAAGACUCAUGAGUUUGUUCCUCUGAGAGAAGAAUAUGAAGGAAAUAAGGCAGAACUGGGGAAGACUGAGACUGAAAUUCAACAGAUGAUCCAGAAGAGACGACUGAAGAUUCAGGAGAUCAAAGAGUCAGUGAAGACGAGUAAAGAUGCUGCAGACAGAGAGAAAGCAGAAGGUGUUCAGGUCUUCACUGCUCUGAAGGAGUCUGUUGACAGACGUCUGAACGAGCUCAUAAAGGAGAUUGAAGACAAACAGGAAACAACAGAGAAACAGGCUGAAGGUUUCAUCAAAGAUCUGGAACAGGAAAUCUCUGAGCUGAUGAAGAGAAGCUCUGAGGUGGAGCAGCUCUCACGCUCUAAAGACCACCUCCACCUCCUCCAAAGAUUCUCCUCUCUGAAAGCUGCUCCAACCACCAAAGACUGGACAGAGGUCAGUAUCCAUCCACCAUCAUAUGAGGGGACUGUGGUGAGAGCUGUGGUGAGAGCUGUGGAUCAGCUGAAGGAGACACUCAGUAAAGACAUGAAGAAUCUGUUUGAUGCUGAGUUGAAGAGGGUCCAGCAGUAUGCAGUGGAUGUGACUCUUGAUCCUGAUACAGUAAAUCAUCAUCUCAUCUUGUCUGAUGAUGGAAAGCAAGUACACUGUGGUGAAGAGGAGAAUGAUCUUCCAGACAACCCAAAGAGAUUUUCUGAAGAGCUUGUCGCUUUAGGAAAGCAGAGUUUCUCUUCAGGCAGAUUUUAUUUUGAAGUUCAGGUUAAAGAAAAGACUGAAUGGGCUUUAGGAGUAGUCAGAGAGUCAGUCAACAGGAAACAAGAAAUCACACCGAGUCCCGAGAAAGGUUACUGGACUGUAGGAGUAUAUGAAAACAUUUGUGUGGCUCUUGAGGAUCCUGAAGUCCGUCUCCUGCUUCAGUCUUAUCCUGAGAAGGUGGGGGUGUUUGUGGAUUAUGAGGAGGGUCUGGUCUCCUUUUAUGAUGUAGAUUGUGCAGUUCUUAUCUACUCCUUUACUGGCUGCUCCUUCACCGGGAAACUCUACCCAUUCUUCUGUCCCGGGGUCAAUGAUGACGAUGAUAACUCUGCACCUCUGAUCAUCUGUCCUGUCAAUCAGUCAGUCCAAUCUUUUUCCAUGGAGAAUGUGGAUCAAUCAAAGUUUAAGCCAAGCCAGAGAAGAAGUCCUAAAAAUAGAACCCAGCAAAAUGCACCUGAUGAAGACCAUGAGAUUCAGUCAGAAGCUGCAGAACAAGCUGACCUUUAGUUGAUUCCUGUUUUUAAACUAUUCCCAAGUUUCAGAAAAUUUACCGUCCAUGGACAUGAGUACAAAUGUUAAAAUUUAAUCAUUUUCAUUCACCUGGUGUGAAAUAUCAAAAACAGGAUGGAGAAACUGUUCUGUUGUUCUAACAUGUACAACACACUUGUUCACAAUGAAAUGAAUAAAGAU